GCAUUUACACCAUGACAGUACAAAGGAAGAUUAAAAUAAGGCUUACAAUAAAUUAAGAAGACUUGGCUUUUUCAUAGACAGUUGACUUGGUAAGUAGUCUUGAUUUAUAUCCACUUUCCCCUGUUCAUAUAAAUAUUGCACAUGGCCACUUAAUUUGUAACACUUCAUACUUCACCACUUUCAUCUGUUAACACUUUCUACUCUCUCUUACAAUUCAUCAUUUUUUCUCUAAAGUGCAACAUUCUCCGAUCAAGAAAACCAAAAACAUAGCAAAAAUGCAGAAAUUGGUGCUACAAUUGGACGUCCAUGAUGAUUUGAAUUGCAAACAAAAGGCUAUAAAAUUAGUCUCUUCUAUUCAUGGGAUUGAUUCAAUCUCAAUGGACGUGAAGGCAAAGAAAUUGACAAUAAUAGGAGACAUGGAUCCAGUAAUUGUGGUGAAAAAACUAAGGAAAAGAUAUUCAUCUCAAAUUAUAUCAGUUGGGCCUGCAAAAGAGCCUGAAAAGCCCAAAGAAGCGCCCAAAAAACCUGAUGAGCCCAAAGCUGGAGUACCGGUGAUUCAAUAUGUUCAUCCAAUGCAAGCCCAUAACUUCGGGAGUAAUACCUACUACAUUGAUCCAUACUAUUCUAGAUACAAUGGUUAUUAUGUAAGAAGUGUAGAAGAGGAUCCGGUUGGAUGUGUUAUUUGUUGAAUGUGAAGUACUCUCUCGGUUUUGUAAUA